CGUAAUUGCAGUAGUAUCCGUACAGUUAGAAAAGGCAGCCAUACUCUUUUUUUCUUAAAAAAAAAACAUUAACAAAAGUACUUCGAGAUGUAAUUUUAUCCGAUGUGUUAGGUACUGCCGUACAGAUGUACAACAUCUUUCAUUCGUUAUCUUCUGCCAGCUGCCAGGAUGAUCUGCUAACCAGCUUAAGCUAGUUAGAGUAAUUUCGCGGAACACCUCGUUCUGUUCUUCAUAAUAGUGAAGCUUUUCUGUCCCCCCCGAAGCGUGUCUGUUUAAAUCGGUUCAGAUGAUUCAGGAGUUGCAUCGUAACCACUUUCGCAUAUGGACAAUGAUGUGAUCUGUGAGGUCUUUUAAGUAUUUAGGUUGCCUAAAUGUGCGUUCUUUUUAUGAACUUCCAGGCCAAUUUCCGUUUAACUAGUUAUGUCUGCUUGUAGAGACUAUUUAACUUUUUACUGAGAAAUAUUUAGAAUCGUUUUUUUCCUAAAGUAAGUAAGUGCUUUUGAAUAAUCUUCCCGUGUGCUUCCAGCAGUCCUAAAUCGAGAAGUGCAGCCGCAGCGACGCGUACCUCAAAAUAUUCAUUUAAAAUGGCUGUUGGCUGAGGAAAUCCCCAGUAUCAUAACAAAAAAACCGCACUUUCAUUUAGAUAAACCCGAAUAUAAAGAUGGAUGGAAGACAGCAGACCCCGUUGCCAGUGGAUUAUCUCCAGUACUGGCUCCAGGCCACCCAACAGAUCCAGGCACUCCAGGCGGCACAGUUCCAGCAGACAGCCUGGGCUAACCCUCUCUUUCAACAGUCACAUCACACACCCAUCUCUCUACAGACCACUGCUGGCACUGCCAUUCCUGUGCAAGACCACGCUCCACUCACAGCUUCACCAGCCCCAGCUCAAGCACCAACAAAGGGCAAGAGAGGAAGAUCUAAGCAGGAACUCAAAGAGAAAACUAAGGCCAAGAAGGCCAAAGAGAGUGUGGAGGAGACGACAUGUGAAGCCUCCAGGGAAGGGCUCCAGGAAAAAACCGACGCGGCCCCCAAGAAACCCAAGAGGAAAGUGGAUCGCUUUAAUGGAAUGACUGAGGAUGAAGUGAUGACCAAAACUCUGCCUGACAUCCUUGCAUACAAUCUGGACUUUGUGAUAAUUGGAAUCAAUCCAGGACUAGUGGCAGCUUACCUUGGGCGGUGGUUCCCUGGUCCUGGGAACCAUUUUUGGAAGUGCCUCUUCAUGUCUGGUAUCAGUAAAGAGCAGCUCAACCACAUGCAUGAUCAGACGCUUCCGGAGAAGUAUGGCAUUGGCUUCACGAACAUGGUGCAGAGGGCCACACCAGGAAGCAAAGACCUCUCCAGUAAGGAGUUUCGUGAAGGAGGCAGGAUUCUGGUGGAGAAGCUGCAGAAAUACAAGCCUCUCAUAGCAGUCUUCAAUGGGAAAUGUAUUUAUGAAAUGUUCUGUAGAGAGGUCUUUGGUGCCAAGCCUAAGAAUCUUGAAUUUGGGUUGCAGCCAACCAAGAUUCCAGAAACGGACACGGUGUGCUACCUCAUGCCCUCAUCCAGUGCCCGCUGUGCCCAGUUCCCACGUGCUCAAGACAAAGUACAUUACUACAUCAAACUCAAAGAGCUGCGUGACCAGCUCAGGGGUGUGGUCCACAACCAGGACCUGGAAGAAAUUCAGUAUACUUUUGACCUUGGCAUGGCUAAAGAGGAUGCCAAAAAGAUGGCCAUCAAGCAAGAGCAGUAUGACCCAGGCUACGAGGCAGCCUUUGGUGGGGCGUAUGGAGAGGUGGAACCUGGGGCUUCGCAGAGCGCCAGCCAGUGUAGCUUCUCCUGUGGAAAAGAGCAGGGGUUACCAAGGAGUGACGUGGCUCAGGUGCCAGAUGGCCAUUGGAUGAUGGAAUCUUUCACGGAUCAGAUUCCAGAUAUCAGAGGCGGCUCUGAUAUUUAGGGAGAGGGGCAGGCUUGUACCAAAGUGCCUCUUACACCCUGCUGAAUAUACCUCAUUUUUGGAUGGCUGAGCCAACAUAAAAUGUUGCACAAUGUGGGGGUGGAAUUUUUACUGUUUACAGAAUAGCAUUUAGGUAUCACAUGUAAUUUGAGUAAAUUCCGGUUCAACAUAACAUGCAGGUUAUAUUCAUGUGAGUUUCAUCUCAUAGUCCAAAGACCUUUACAUUCAGGAAGGUUUGUAUCAGCCAAUAAUGUAACAACUACAGAUAAUGUAACAGUAUGCCAAUAACAGUUUCUCCAUUUUUAAUGUAAUGUCAGUAAUGUAAUGUUUUGCUGAUUAAUGUAAAAUAUUACAUUAUUGAUUCAGCAAAUGUAUUACAUUAUUGGCCAGUUAUUAAAUUGACUUGCAUUAAGAAAGGGAAAAUUAUUACAUUAUCGCCAGUUAUUACUGGCCUCUAGAAGGUUAAUUGAUUUUUUUAAGUGUUUAAUUGCUGCUGAUGGUUAAAUCAGGGAUUUACUGAUAGGUUUUUAGCUGAAGAAAUUUAAAUUAGUAAACUAGGGACUGUCUGGUUUUUUUGACUGCUUGUUAUUGCAUUAAUGUUUUGAGUGUCAUGAAGUGUCUGUGCAUGUUGUAGAAAACCACCUCCUCCAGCUUUAGUGGGACUUUUUAUCAUUAUUUUUUGACUCCUUUUCUGAACACUAUCCAAUCAUAAUUCUCCUUAUGGCAGUAACACAGAGGACUGCCUAAAAUGUAGUAACCUAAUAAAUCUUAAUGAAGAUUUGUGCCCUUGAGAGGUAAAGUGGGCUAUCCCACAUGUCAGUCAAAAAUUAGCUUAGUGUCCAGUAUUAAUUAUUGAGGGUCUAUUUUAAAUAUACCGAGAUCUGUGCUACCUAUGAUAUAUAUCAAUUGUAGGGUAUAGGCACGCUGAUAUAUAUAUAAAAAAAAAUUCAACUUUAGUGCUCAUUUUCUCAAAACUGUUUUUGUGGGAUAGCCCACUUUACCUCUCAAGGGCACAUGUGUACCUGCUAUGUGGAGUGGGGGGCAGCCAGGUGCUGGGUGGGACAUGCAAGCUUGCCAAGGGGAGCAGAAAGGGUCUACAGGUGUCACGAGAUCCUUUGGAGUCAACUACAUUUUAAUAAAACUAUGUCUGUUGUACAGUUUUGUCUCUUAGUUUGAAGCAAGCUUAGUGUUUAACACGUUCCAAAUUAAAAAUAAAUUCUGGAAGAACAUAAAAAAAAAAAAAUCGUCAGGAUUCA